ACCGAUCCAAAUCACUGUUCUUGGUUCCGCCUUUAGCGUCAAAUCUGAGUUUCCCGAUUUCUUUCUUGUCGUUUGUGAUUUUCUCUUCUUUUUCUUGAUUGCUCCAUUUCGAAGUUCUUCCGAGUAAUUGAAUUUUCUUGUUAAGAGUGUGAACGAACUGCUUCUCUCAUUAGACUUUUUUUUUUUGUUUUUUGGCCCCCGAUUCUUCGAUACGUUGUUUUUGUUCCUAAAUUUGUAUCUAUCUAUUUUUUUUGCUUUGGAUUUUGAACGUUUUGAUGGGGAUGAACUGAAGCCUCAAGAAAUGGGGAUAUAUCUCAGUUCCCCGAAAACUGAUAAGGCCUCAGAAGAUGGAGAGAAUGGAAGACUUCGAUAUGGAUUGUCCUCGAUGCAAGGGUGGCGCGCAACAAUGGAAGAUGCUCAUGCUGCUUAUCCAGAUUUGGAUGGUUCUACAUCUUUUUUUGGUGUUUAUGAUGGCCAUGGAGGUAAAGCUGUUGCAAAAUUCUGUGCCAAGUAUCUUCACCAACAGUUGCUCAAGCAUGAAGCUUAUUUAGCUGGAGAUAUAGGCACUUCUGCACAGAAAUCGUUUCUCAGAAUGGAUGAGAUGAUGCGUGGACAAAGAGGGUGGAGAGAAUUAGCAAUAUUGGGAGAUAAAAUCGACAAAGUUUCUGGUGUGAUAGAAGGUUUGAUAUGGUCUCCUAAAGCUGGUGAUGUUAAUAAUGGGGAAGACAAGGAUCACUUUAAUGAUUGGCCUUCUGAAGAGGGGCCUCACUCUGAUUUUGAUGGGCCAAAUUCUGGAAGCACAGCCUGUGUUGCAAUAAUUCGAGACAAUCGACUCAUUGUAGCAAAUGCGGGUGAUUCUCGUUGUGUAAUAUCUCGAAAGGGUCAGGCCUAUAAUCUUUCUAAAGAUCAUAAGCCAGACCUUGAGAAUGAGAAAGACAGAAUUCUAAAAGCUGGUGGAUUUAUCCAGGUUGGACGGGUCAAUGGAACUUUAAACUUGGCUAGAGCUAUUGGAGAUGUAGAAUUCAAGCAGAAUAAACAUUUGCCUGUUGAAAAGCAGAUUGUAACUGCCAAUCCAGACAUAACUAGUGUUGAGCUAUGUGAUGAUGAUGAGUUUCUCAUUUUAGCUUGUGAUGGAAUAUGGGAUUGCAUGUCAAGCCAACAACUUGUAGACUUUGUGGGAGAACAGAUAAAGCGAGAAAGUAAACUCUCAACUGUUUGUGAGAGAGUAUUUGACAGGUGCGUGGCACCAACUGCUGGUGGUGAGGGUUGUGACAAUAUGACAAUGAUCUUGAUUCAAUUUAAGAGACCCGUUAGUGCAGAUGCUUCAGUGGCAGACCAGUCUUUGUCAUCUGAACAAUCGUCAAAGGUAGAUAAAGUGUCUGAAUGGUCAUCAGAGAUAGAUAAAGUGUCUGAACACUUGUCGGAGAACGAUAAAACAUCCGAACAGUCAUCAAAGAUCGAUAAAACUCCUGAACAGUCAUCGAAGAUCGAUAAAACUUCGGGAGUGACUGAAUAGAGGUGGCUUUUAUGAGCAUCAGAAUUAUUGAAUCCAAAUUCAAAUUUGGAGGUGAAUUUCUCAUGACAUGAUUGUACAUGUUUUGAAGGUAUUAAUCAAGUAAAUUCGCAUUUUGAGUUCUGUAAAUGAGUCUGGGUUUUUGCAUUGUGGGUGCUCCAGAUUUUUAAGGGCUUUGCCUACAAUUUUUCUUUAGAAUCAAACAUUUCACGACGUCAGUUUAUCAAACAGAAACUUAAUUAAAUUUAUAAUGUCCUUAUUUUGGAAUA